CACCGCAACCAGCGGAGAAGAAUCGUCCCUUCCGGGCGGGCAGCAGGGAGAAAGGAGGAGAAGGUGUCCCAUUCGCAGCCUCCGGCCCUCUCUCCGUUCCUGAGCUGGGGGGCUCGGCGCACCUCUGGCCCGCGCUGGGAGGAGACUGCGAAGGCGCGGGGGGCGGCUGUCCGUUUCGGAAUCCCCCGGGGAGGGAGAGCCUCGAGUGGUGGACGCCGCCCCCGCCUCCCCAGUGCCAGAGGGCUGAGGGGGGGGGAAGAGAGAGACAGGCAGGCACCCACCUACCCUCCUCCCUGCCCCCGCCCCGCGCAGCUGGAGGGCCAUGCUAGGGAAGAGGCCACGCUUCCCAAACUUCCUGCCCCGCUCGCUCGGCCAACGGGUGCCAAGAGCUGCUGCCGCGCCCGCCGCCGAACGAGCGCUCAGUCAGCCAGGGGACCGCAGGAACCGCCGCUCCCUGCGGAGGAGAACCUGAGCGCUCGCCGCCUCGACCGGCCUCACCGCACGCGCGCGCGCGCGAGAUGAGCGGCCCUCGAGGGAAGGCGCCCGAGGCUGCGCCCCAAAGCGGCGGCCGCUGCGCCUGGGGGGCCGUCGGCAGGGGCCCCGUUAUCCUCUCGCUGCUCUUCUCGCUCCUCUCGGUGGGUGCCUGCUUUCUCCUCAGCGCCAAGACUUCCAAGCUGCAGGGGCGACUGGUGGCGCUGGAAGAAGAGUUGGCCAGCCGCGCCUGGAGCCCCGGAGAGCAGCUGGCCGCCGAGCCUUUGCUCGCCGCGCUGCAGCCUCAGGUGGACGACCUUCUCCGGGAGAAAUUGAACGAAGGAUUAGCCAAAUUACGUACAGCAAGAGAAGUACCCUCUGAAUGUCAUUGCCCACCAGGUCCACCAGGAAGAAGAGGAAAGCCUGGACGACGGGGAGAACCAGGUCCUCCAGGGCAAUCAGGACGAGAUGGUUACCCGGGGCCCCUUGGAUUGGAUGGAAAGCCAGGACUUCCAGGAGCAAAAGGAGAUAAGGGUGAACAAGGAGAUAUUGGCCCAAGGAUGGCUUUUCCUCGCCUCAGUCAUGGAUUUCUCUCUGACCAGCAUAUUUUUAGCCGACGUAUGCUUAAGGGAGACCAAGGUAAAGAUGGUACUGCUGGCCCACCUGGGCCUCCUGGACAGCCGGGUGCAAGAGGGCCCCCUGGAGACACAGGAAAAGAUGGCCCAAAGGGUCUUCCUGGUGAGAAGGGAGAAGCUGGUACCAUGGGUGAACCUGGUAUUCCAGGAAAAAAAGGUGAUGCUGGGACUCCAGGAGAACCAGGGGUUCAAGGACCAAAGGGAGAUCAAGGAACUUCCGGGCCCCAAGGAGAGAAUGGUAUUCAAGGGGUGCCAGGGUCAAAGGGAGAACCAGGAAGCAUUGGCGGAAAGGGAGAAAAAGGCAUAGAUGGGCUACCAGGGCCAAAGGGUGAACCUGGUGAGAAGGGAGCAGAUGGUCAUAUUGGGCCCCGGGGACCUCCAGGCCUAAAAGGAGAACAGGGUGAUACUGUAGUAAUUGACUAUGACGGUAGAAUCUUGGAAGCUCUCAAGGCUGUGGGGAAACCCAGAUUGACGGGACCACCAGGGCCUCAAGGGGAACCAGGGCCUCAAGGCACUCCAGGACCAAAGGGAGAGCUUGGCUUGCCUGGUCCACCUGGAGUUGACGGAGAAAGGGGAUUGAAAGGGUCAAAGGGAGAUCAAGGAAGCCCUGGACUAGAAGGACAGAAGGGAGAGAUUGGAGAAAUGGGCAUGAUUGGUUUACCUGGCCCCAAAGGAUUGAAAGGAGAGCAAGGAAACCCUGGAAUAAUGGGAGACAAAGGAGAGAUAGGAGAAAUGGGCUUGUCUGGUCCUCCGGGUAUUGAUGGACCUAAAGGAGAACCUGGGACACCCUGUGAGCAAAAUCUUAUCAUACCUGAACCAGGGCCUCCUGGUGUACCCGGUCUACCAGGUCCUAUGGGUCCUCAAGGAAUACAAGGACAUAAGGGCCCUCAAGGAAUUCAAGGACAAAAGGGCUCAGAUGGUCCGAGGGGUGCAAAAGGUGAAAGUGGCCAUAAAGGUGAAAAAGGUGUCCCUGGGCCACAUGGUCUUCCAGGCACUCCUGGACUUAUUGGUUUACCAGGUACCAAAGGGGAGAAGGGAAAGAUAGGGGAACCAGGAUUAGAUGGUUUCCCUGGCCUCCGAGGAGAAAAAGGAGAAAAAAGUGAAAGAGGAGAAAAGGGAGAAAGAGGAUUGCCGGGCAGAAAAGGAGCAAAAGGACAAAAAGGAGAACCAGGCCCUCCUGGAUUAGAUCAGCCUUGCCCAGUGUUCAUUUUUAAAGGGGAGACGGGUUUACCAGAACUGGAUGGUGUGGAAAUGCUCUGUCCUUUGGGUCCAGAUGGAUUACCAGUACCAGGAUGUUGGCACAAGUGAUUCUACACGCAUGGACUAUGUAAAUAAUAGUGAGAUAAAUGUUUAUUUUUAUUAUUUUUUUUAUACAAAAAGAAAAAAGUCACAAAAACAAUGUUUUCAACAGUAAUAUAUUGAUCUUCUAAUACUGGAUAUUGUCAUAUAUGGAUUUUUUAAAAUAUGAACAUUCCUGAGAUCCACAUGACAGACUACAGACUGGCACAUACCAACACACACACACACACACACACACACACACACAAGCACUCAACAUUCUGAAACAGUCAAGAAUGGAUGUCACUUGCUGCUAAUGCUAUUGUGUGUAUUAAUCAAGCUGAAAAAACUUGCUUUAUUGCAUGGAGAAAAAACAUCCCUGGACAAUCUUUUUAGCUUUCAACUUUCUAACUCUGUUGCACGUAGACACAGGGAGAGAAAACGAAAAAGAAAAAAAAGAUUCAGCCCUAGAAAUUGAACAAACUCUACCUUAUGGAUGAACGUAGGAAGAAUUUCCAAUCUGGAAAGGUAACACAAAUGUAACCACACUUGUUGCUACUUGCUUCAACCUUGAAGAAACUAGUUUCAUCCUGGGUCACUCUGAUCGGUUUUAUGACCUGUGGCUGCUUCUCCUCCAGAAGAAAGCAUCAUCUCUAGGAAAAUCCCCACUUCAUAUCUUCAGUCUGUGACUAAAGUUUGAAAGAUUCCUUUGUAGAACUUUAUUUUACUGCAGAAAUUCAGAAACAUGGAACACCUCAACUUUAACAAAAUGAAGGAUACUCUAUAAUAUUCAUCUCAAUGUACAGAUUUGAAAAAUAAGUUUUGCUUUAAAAACAAAAAUCCCAUCAUGGCUGCUCUCUUUUGCAAACUUGGAAAAGAUACCCAUUGUGCUGCUUAGUCUUCUGGAAUCACAGAACUCAAUAAGUACAGAAAAUAUUAUUCCCACCAACCCACCAGUGAGUGUUUCAUCACACCCAUUUAUAUAAAUAUAUAAGAUUAUAAGAGUAAUGUGAAACAACCUAUUGUUAAAGCAUUUGUAAUUAAUUUGAAAUGGCUCUUUUCAGAAGGAAAAAGGAGGAGCUCCAUAUUUUAUGCAAAUUAUAUUUGUCACAGGUACAUCUUUCUUGCUUCAAAAAAGUUUGCCCCAAAAGCCAAAUGUCUCUAUAUACAACAUGGUAUUAUUUCAGUCCUAAGACUGUAUCUAUGAAAUCAUAUAAGUGGAUUAUGACAUUGUUCAAUAUAAGAUCCAUUCUAGUUAUUGUGGUUAUAAUUCAGUUACUAAUUCCAAAAAACUUCACCUUGCUCACAAUGGUCUGAAGAUUCUGGUUAUAACAAGCAGCGAUUUCUACAGUUUCUCACAGUAUCUACUAAUAUCAUUGGAAGGAAAUAGUGUUUUGCCUUAGGAGAACAUCUACACGGUCAUUGUUCCCUCUAACAGACAUAGCAUUGACUAGCACGUUUCUUUGGCUGGCAGCCUGCAAGACUGCCAGCUUACUUGCAGAAAGGGAGCAGGGAUUUUUGCCAUUUGACCUUUCUGUAUUCUCAAGACCCAGAGGGCACCUUAAGCCUUUGGAGAAAUAGCAAGUGUUGCCUCUUCCUUUCACCAGAAUUAGCCCACUAAACCAGCAUUUCAAAUAAAAUAUUGAAUAAUUAUAUCAGCAGUCUUUCACAAACAGUAGAAACUCUCCCAUUCCAAAAUCUUCCAGGAUCCAACCAAGCAAUGUAACCUGCCAUAGGUUUCAAAUUCCAGGUUUUGAUUACAGUAUUCAAUAUUUUAUUCAAAGUAUAAAAUGCUAAAGCGCCAACAAUCUUAAAAGAUGCUUGUUUUCCAAGGUCACCUUAACCCAAAGUUUCAUGAGCUCUAAAAUGAGUGCAAAACGAUUUGAGGAAUAAUUUCUUAAAAUUUGCCUAGAAAGAUGAAUGAAUAGAAAUUAUUCCUGUUUAACCUGAUAGUAAUUCCUUUCUGGCUAAUCAGAAUAUUGUUUGAAAUCCUCAAGCAUCAGCAAAAAUCAGUUUAAUUACAACGUUACAAUUAGCAUUCACACGAUAUAGGAACCAAGAGGCGUAUGGUUUUAACAAUACUUAGAAUGCAUAUAUUUCCCUUCACAUUUUAUCUUAGUACUAAUUGGUUUUAUCCUGAUUCCCAGUUUUAGCCCUCAUUCCCAAAAAUAAAUUUAAGGAUGUUCAAAAGUACUGGUUUGCAUUACUGAUCAGAAUUUACUUCAGUAAGGAUGACACAAUGGCUCCCCCAUUUGUAUAGACAGAGGGCUGCUAUUCUAUGAAUCUUUGGCAGGAAUAUCUGUUCUUUCUGUUGUAAAUGUUUUUAAAGUACUCUAGACAAGCUUCAAUCAAUACUUUAAACUACUGUACAAAUCUUCUUGGAAGAAGAUGCAUAAGAUUCUUAAAAUUUGAAAGUAUAAAGUUAACAUUGCUUCACUGUGUUAAUUCAUUUGGUUGUCGAAGUUAGUUUAUGAUUUUUGAGACCUAUAUGACAUUAGUUUUGUAUAACAUUAAACAUCAGUUUAAUUAAAUGACGAUAUAACUGAAUUAAGAAAGAGAAGUUAAAUAUUAUGCCUUCCUAGUCUUUCUCUUCCACUCUUACCAUGUGGCAAGAGAUUUCAUUCAUUCUUAUUUUAAUAUUGUAUAUCUGCUGCUCUUAACAAAAAUAGAGCACAUAGUAGUCUAGGGCAGAGUUCCCCAAUCUUUCCAGGUUGGUGGCUGGGGGUGAGGAGGGAAAGGGGAUGGUCUUGUGGGAGGGCAAGUGUGCACGUGUGCACAAGCACCCGUUGCUCGCCUGAGGCCAGAAGCACCCGUUGCUUGCCUGAGGCCAGAAGCACCUGUGACACUCACACAAGUGAGGCCCCAAGCACUUGCACGAGUGGGGCUGCGAGUGCCUGCAAUGCACGUGCGAGUGGGCCCGCAACCGCCCAUGAUGCUCACGCAAGUAGGGCUGCAUGCGUGCAUACCAGCCAGCCACUCGUGGCCUGGUUGCAAAUAGGCCACAGACCAGUACUGGGCUACGGCCCACAGGUUUGGGAUCUCUGGUCUAGGGCAAGUACACAGAAGGUAUGAGGUAUUAGGCCCAUGUUUAUAGCAUAGAACCAAGAAAUUCUCAAGAUGGGGAUAUCAUUCAUAAUUAUAAUUUUCCAAUUUUUAAGAGAACUGUCAGAAAGAUAUCUCCUUAAAAACUCAAUUUUGAUAUUUCCCAUUAAAAGAAAUCUUCCCUUUCUGCACCAAUGUAAGAAUUUGGUAAAAAUGCAUUUAUAUUAAAUAAUUUUAACCUUAAGGUAGCAGUGGUUGAGAGGUCCUGAGGUUUAAUCUAGGUAAGAACUCAACUAACAUUAGAGGGAAGAAACUGUCAGUUGCAGACUAAUUUGAUAUUUAGAAAAUGAAGCACAGUGUGCUCAGCUACCUCUCACAUGUCCUUGGACUACCCUCCCUACUACUAGAAAAUUCUGCUAGAAAGAACUUUGCCAGAUGGCUCUCCCUCAACAUUUAUGGUGUGAAAGUACAUAUUGUCCGAUAUCUUCUGGAUAUCUUCUCACAGAUUUGUUUCUUGCACCUAGCACAUAGAAAUUGUGGCAAUAUAUUAAUAAUUUAACAAUUAAUAUGUAUCACAGUAUCAGUUGUUAAAUUUCAUCCUAACCAAGAGAUUUAUGAAAGAAUAUAUGUGGAUGUUUUUCUUCUGGAUAACUCUGAAAUUAGUUUAAUUUCAUUGUAGCUAGUGAGAUUAUUUGCAGAUUCCUUUCAAAACAUUUAUCAGUGUCACAUUUUGUGGUAUGGAUAAUUGUGGGGAAAGUAUUCAAAAGUGCUGAAAAUAAUAAAAUGUUGAAUGUUAACAGGCAUUUUUCUCCUAGAAGACUCUCAUUUCAGUUAAUGAGAUUAGUUUUUGGUUUAGUUUUUAAUAUUUUUUAAGAAAGGUACAUCAGAAUAAAAACAAAGUAAAGAAAACUACCAAUAAAGCAGAAGCAAAAAUAUUAUGGAAAAAAAUAGAUUCUUUGCAUAUUCUUUUAAAAAUAUUUAUCAGCAUGAGUGUCUGGUUUGGGGGCUCAAAAAGAUUAAAAUGAACAUAUAAAAAAGAAGCUCAUAAAAAGAAUUUUGAUUGCUUCAUUGUGGCCAUCAUCUUGACAUUUUUUUAGGUCCUUCCUGAGUACACACUCAUUUAGCAGUAUUAUAUGUUAUGGUAUGGAUAAUUAUGGAAAAGAAAUUAUCUUUAAAGUCUUGAAAAUAAUAACAUGAUGAAUAGAAAUAUCCUAUUUAUUCUAUGUAAGGACAGUUAAGUUGGCAAAUCACCACUAGAUGUUAGCAGAAUUGAAGAUGACAAACAAGUGGCAUUAUCUUGGAGAAUGAGAAAUGUAACAUCCAGACAACAUAUUUAUCUUGUUUGUGGCACCAUUUUACAGUAUUCAUUUUGGGGAAUAAUCUUUGAAUGUAUCAGCUUAAUCCAACUAUCCUUUAAGUAAUAUCCACAUUGUACUGUAAUAACUCUCAUCUAAAAAAUGAUAUUGAAUUAGUCCUUCUCUAAAAGGCCUCCGUUUUAAUGUCCUGCUGAGUUAUUAAUACAGUAAUAGAAUAAUUAUAUACUUAUUCAGUUUUAUCUUCUGGUGAUACAGAACAUACUCAGUAACUGACAUUUACUGAUUAAAUUAAUUUGGAAUGGUAGGCAGUUAUAUAAUAAAAACUUACCCAUAUGUAACUGUUGAUCUGGCUACACAAAUGAGCUGUAAAACAUACCGGUAUAUAGUUCUUGACUUGAAAACAGUCAUUGUUACGAUGGAUCUGAAAAUGGAACUUACGAUCCAAGUUUGAAGUCCCAAUGGUCAGAAGACCGUUUUUUGGACACUCAGCAACUGGCUUGUAUUUACAGCUAUGUGCAGUGCCUCAUGGAUACAAGACUGUAAUUUACUAUGUUUUUGCCAGAAACUGGCAUUUAUUUCCAAUUUCCAACAAAAACACCUUAUAGUGAACAAUAUAGUUAAAAUUUGGUCAAAUCAUGCGGUCAACUGCUUUAUGGCCCUAAUAGCCAACGGCUGAAAUUGUGGACUCCAUUACUAAGGCAAGGAGUACCUGAAUGAAUUAAGUAUAUAUUAUCUAUUCAUAACUAGUGUAAAUUAAUCCCCAAUAAAGUCUUAUUAUUGAAGAAACAGAAUCAGUGAAGCAUAAUAUACAUAAUUUAGUUUUUCAUGCUAAAGAGCCUACAGACUUGAUAGCAUUUAGUUUGGGUUCUAGCAUGUCUAUUUCCUUAAUACAAUGUUAAGCCAUUAGUUUUAGCCCAAAACGACACAUUAAAAAUCUUUUGAAUCAAUUCCAAAUUUGAUCUAAACUUCAACUACUGAUUAAUAAAUGCAGGACUAAAAUGGAGAGAAAUGUCACACAAUCAAUGUAUUUAUGAUAUUUUGCAAGCCUUUUGCAUUUAUUCCACAAAUACAUUAUUGCAACUACAAAAAUAAUUGUUCUGCCUUUUGUCUAUUUUACAGUUCAGCUGAAAUUAGAUUUUAAUCCCACUUAAUUUAUUUGCCCUUUAUAUUUCUAAGGAGACCUCAAUAUAAUAUGUUAGAUAUGAGCAGGAAUGGUAGCUUACCUCUGGCAGGUGUCAGAAUUUACUGCUAUUAUUAAUAACUCAUCAGCACUAUGUGCUGCCUAAAGCCAGAGGUUGUUGGACUAUAACUUCUGUCUACAGCAUCCAUAACUGGCUACGGCUGAUAGGAAUUCAGAUGGAUUUGGUGAAUCAGAUCUUGUUCUGGCAUGCAUAUCCAACAAGAGUUACUUGUAUCACCUGUGGAUCUGGUGACUCUCUUGAAAUUAAGGAUGAAUGGAUGGAUAGAUGGAUAAGCCUCUCAUUACUGAAUCAUGCUCUUCCAGAUGCCAUCAUCUAUUCCUCUAUGCUGGAAGACCCAGAUGUUCAGGUAGUACAAGUCAGAGAACUGUCCUCUAGUCCAGAUCUGAGAAUGUGUUAAGCAGCUAUAUUUAAUUCACUGCCAGCAAUGCAUGCAAGGGAACUUAUCUUUGUCGUUCUCCACCAUACAUUCUCCAAAUAUAACCUGGAGUGUCUCUUUCCUCCACUCCCAAAACUAGAGAAUGCAGGAAGAUAAAUUUGGUCAUGGCAGGUGGAUACAAUAUCUAAACUAUGUCAGGUUAAGAUGCAUUAAUUCAAACGUCCUUCAUUUCAGCCAAACCUGAAUAGGUAUAAUAUAAUAACUAAUUUUAUAAACUAACCAUCUACAUUUUAUUUUCGUGCAAAUAAUCUGACAUUAAAUAAAUUAGACACAGAUACAAGGCAAACAUAACUGUGAAUGUAAUUCAAGUUUAUAUUGGAAACCCUCUUCUGAGAUUCAAUAAAAUGUAAAGCUUUCUUUCAAAACAAAGAGGGUAAUAUUUUAUACAACAGCCAUAUCUCACUGUUACUGAUUUCAUUGUAUAAUUUCUAAUGAGUAUAUGCCAAAAGAAGUGGUAUAUCUAGCUGUAAUAUAGGGAACAAUUAUUUUUAAACGACGGCAUUAAUGCAGUAUUACUCAUUAUUAAUUAAAAAUUGUAUGGCUUGUUUUGUAAAUUUUACAACAGUCACUGCAUUAUCUGGCAGUAUAUCCAUUGUUUUGUGUUUUAAUCUGUAGUAAAAGUUAAUACUUGAACAGUUUUAAAAUAAACUGCUUCUUGUACA